AUGUUGCUAAUAAGAAGGACGAUAAAUGCAUUUCUGGGAUGUAUCCAUUGCAAUCUUACGGCGACGUGCAUCCUGAUUGCCUUCGUCAUAACCAUGUAUGUGGUACUUGUAUCUGAGCCUGCAUCCGUAGACGGAACUAUGGGAAAUUUUCUUCCGUUUUCCAAGAUGGAUCUUGCGACGAAGAGGGACAGACCCUUUUAUUCGAAUUGUGUGAAUACUCAGGACUAUUUGUUGAAUCCAUCGUACAUCAAGCAGAAUGCCUCGUUUGUCAUGCUAACAAGGAACGGGGAGCUAGAAGAUGUUAUCAAGACUAUCAACAGUAUAGAAGAGCAUUUCAAUCAGUGGUUCCACUAUCCAUAUGUGUUCUUAAAUGACCAGCCGUUUGAAGAGGACUUCAAAGCAAAAGUACGUGAUGUUACAGUGGGCGCGCUGGUGGAAUUUGGCACUAUCGAUGAGAUAUCUUGGAAUUUUCCCAGUGACGUAAAGGAUACGUUCGAGUUCUACAACGCAAUUGAGGAUCAAGGUGAUAGAAGCAUACUUUACGGAAACUUAGAAUCAUAUCAUAAGAUGUGCCGGUUUUAUUCAGGAUUAUUUUACAAGCACCCGCUAGUACAGAAGUACGAAUGGUAUUGGAGAUUGGAACCCGAUGUUGAGUUUUUCUGUGAUAUUACCUACGAUCCCUUUUUGGAGAUGCUCCGAACUAAUAAGAAAUAUGGAUUUACGAUCAUCAUCCCCGAAUUGUAUUGGACAGUCCCAAAUUUGUUUAGACACACUAAAAGCUUUAUCAGUCAAAAAGGCGUUACGCUUGGGUCAUUAUGGAAACUAUUUACAAAGGAUUACGACAUUUUUGAAUCCGAUGAUCCGGAGUUACGGGACUGGAUCAACUAUGAUUUUCAGGCCAAGGCUAAGAUAUCCGAAAAGAUAGCCAUCGAGCAGCUUUUGAAAAAGGGUGAUGAUUUCCAACAGAUAAAUGAUGACAAAGAGGGAAUAAUGAAUUUGAUACAUAAGGCUCGCUCUAGGAAGCAUAUCGUAGAAGACAAAUUUUUCAAUGAAGAGUACAAUCUAUGCCAUUUCUGGAGUAAUUUUGAGAUUGCGCGGCUAAGCGUGUUCGACAAUGACAUUUACAACAGUUUUUUUCAAUAUUUGGAGAAAAGUGGUGGAUUUUGGAAGGAAAGAUGGGGGGACGCUCCUGUUCACUCUAUUGGAUUGUCGCUAACUCUGGAUUUGGACGAUGUACACUAUUUUAGAGACAUCGGAUAUAGACACUCCACAAUACAGCAUUGUCCACAUAAUGCCAUGGGGAAUGAGGAAUUCUCCUACUUAGCCAGUGACUCAAAAUUCAAACGUAAAAACGCGGCCUACGACGAGGGAAGGGAAUUUGGGUGUGGCUGCAGGUGCAGAUGUCCCAAGAAAAAGCGUGAAAUUGAGGAUUCCAUGGGUUUCUGCGUAAAUAUUUGGGUAAAUCUGCUUAACCAACAGAGGGGACACGAACGCCACGUCGAAGCACUCAACGGCAAUGAAAUGGAGGAGCACAUAAGGGAAGACUAUCUAAGACAGUUCGGAAACUAG